GCUAGCCUUGGCAAAAAAAAAAAUCAUCAUUGAAAAUUAUAUUUAAAAAUCGAUAAAAAAUACAAAUAUAUAUUUCUACACACAACGGUUUCACUUUGCAAGUUGUAUACAAAAUAAAAAAAAUACAAAAAUUAAAUGGAAUAGUUACAGUUAUUCAAAAAAUUGAUCAAUUAUUUGGGCCACAAGUAGAGCCCCCAGAUAAAUUUAAAAAAAAAGUGCAAAUCAGUGUGAAAAUAAAAUAAAAAAUUAUAAUGCCGUCAAACAAACUAAUUAAAAAUGGAUUAACGCAUUUAAUAAAAUAAUUUGAGAAAUAAUUAUCAAUGGGAUUAUACUUGAGAUCGUCGAAAGUACAUCAAUUUUUGAAUAAAAUUCAUUAACUUUAAAGUGUUUCAUUUGCGAUUUGUACGAUUUUCUUAUGUGUAUAGUCCACCUAGGAGAGCUCCGACCUACAAGAACCACGACGGGGACAUCUAACGCUGCAGCUAACAGAUGAGCCCCAACAACAGAUGUCAAUUGCUGCAGCCGAAAAUGCAGGGCUUAGCCCAAGUGACUUACCAGAUCAUUGGGCCUCAGGUACAGCAAAUCCAGCGACCUCAAACAGCAGCAGCAUCAAUAAUUCCAUUGGUGGCAACAACAAGUACAGCAACAGCAGCAGCAACAUUUCGGUCUGCAACCUGCCACGAUCAUCACCGGCCGCUGCCACAGCAGCCGUUACAAUCUCUUCGGCCGCGGGCGGCAUUGGUGGCAACUUGCUGAGCGGAUUGCAUCGCGGACUGGCACUCGGCACGCAUCCAUUGCAGCGCGCGACGGCAGCCAGUGGAGGCGGAGCUGGUGCUGGGGGCGUGGCAGGAGCCACCACAGCAGCGGCGCUUACACUCCAGCAGCAGCAGCAACAGCAACAACACCAGCAACAGCAACAACAAUUGGCCUACCAGCAACAUCAGCAGCAGCAACAGCAGCAACACCUCAACUCGCACCAUUCUAUCCAAAAUAAGGCAGCGGCUAGUGCCGCGGCACAUCCGGCAAACAUUGCAGCAGCGCUGCAGCGAUCGGCCGCCAUUAUGAAUGCGGUGGCAUCGCCGAUCUCAGCCAGCUCUGCGAACUCAGCGACGCCCGGCCGGAAGAUACGACGCAAGACGGAUUCAAAGGUCAAUCUGCCACAAUCUCAAAUCAACAAGUGCAACAAUGAGAAGCGGCGUCGCGAGGCGGAAAAUGGCUAUAUCGAGCAGCUGUCGGAGAUAUUAACGCUGAACAAGCGUGGCGAUAUGACCUCAACGAAACCGGACAAGGCGGCUAUACUAAACCAAGUAGUUCGAACGUACCGUGAGAUCUGUGACAAGGGCCAAAAUCGUGAUAUAUCCUCCACGUCGACUAACAACAACUCCACGACAACGACCAACAACAACAAUACGAAUAGCAACAAUAACAAUAAUAACAACAACAACAACACCAGCAAACCACAAGCAACCUCAACACGCUGCACCCGCUGCGCCACUGACAACUGUUCAAUCCAUCCGGUGCAACAGGGUGAGGUCUCCUCCACGGAGCCACCGCAUCCGGAACCAUCGCUACUCCUCGGCCAAGUGCCCGAGAUAUCGGCAUACUUUGAGGCACUCGAGCACUAUAUCAGUGGCGUGGGUUGGGUCCUGUUGCAGGUGAACGCCAACGGCAUCAUUGAGUCCUGCACCCAGAACAUCCGCGAGCUGAUCGGCUAUGAGAAGCAGGAGCUCUACCACCAGCCGCUCUACAUGUACCUCUAUCACGGGGAUCACGCCAAGCUAGAGCCGAUCAUCAACAAUAUGUACAGCAAUCCAAACGGUGGCGGGAGCAGUUCCAACAACAACAGCAACUCGGGUCCGGGCGGCAGUAGUGGAGUAGGAGGUGGCGGUCCCACGGGCUGGGGUGAUCUCGAUGAGCUGAACAACGGCAAUGCGUCUCAACACUCGGCGGGCUCAAAUUCCAGCUCCGGCGGAGGUGCCGGAGGAGGCGGUGGAGGUGGUGGCGGAUCGGGGGGCGGCAAGUCGAAGCGCAGCAUUUCCACCAAGGUGCGCAUGCUAGUCAAGGACACGCGAACGGCCACCCAGACGUCGUCGAACUGCGAGCCAGGUCUGGAGCAGAAGCCACUGCGCCAGUCCGGCCAGCAGGACAAGUACGAGGAGGUGGUCCUCAUAGCAGCUCCUGUCAAAGACGAUGCGGAUGCCAGCAGCUCUGUGCUGUGCCUGAUUACCCGACCCGAGGAUGAGUCGCCGCUGGAGAUCAACAUGCAACAGCACGUGCAGCAGCAGCCGAUCGAGCAGAUGACCUUCAAGCUGGACAUUCACGGCAAAAUACUCAGCCUCGAUCCGACGGCUCUGCGGGAGCCGUUCAAGCAGCACCUCCAGACGUGGGUGGGUCGCCUGUGGCAGGAUCUCUGCCAUCCGCACGACCUGUCCACCCUGAAGUCGCAUCUCCGUGACAUCCAGGACUCGGCCAGCGCCCAUUCCCCCGGCUCGGGGGGAACGAGACCCUCGGCCCUGCACAUACCCAAUGUGGUGUCGCGUCCGUUCCGGCUGCGACUGGGAGCGCCCGACGUCUAUGUGCAUGUGAAGGCCAACUCGAGACUGUUCCUCAACCAGACGCCCGGCGAGGAGGACUUCAUCAUGUCCGUGCAGACGCUGCUGAACUCCGAGAACGACAUGAACAGCAACAACACGGGCUCGGGAGGAGCAGGCGGUGGCCUGGGGUUGGGUCAACUGUGCGCCAUGUCGCCGGGUCCCUCGCUGGCCAGCUCCCUGCUGAGCAGCCUGUCAAUGGACGGACUGCACGGGGGCGCGGGAUCUGGCUCUGGCUCCGGGUCCUCCUCCUCGCCGGCCUCCGGCAUGCUACCCACCCAUCUGCUGGGCGGACUCGUGGGCGGCGGCCAGCAAGGAGGCGGCGGCAACAGCACGCAGACCACGAGUGUGGGCGGACCCCUGAUGAGCAGCGCGAUCAUCAACGGCAGCGGGCUGCAGCAGCAACAGCAGCAGCAGCGGUCGGGCGCCAGCUCCUCGGCCAGUUCGUCGGCGAAUGCGUUGGUGAACGCGUUUACGGCGUCGCCGGCUCCCGGGGAGCACGGCUUCUUCGGGAGCGACACCUUCGAAUUCGAUAUUGCAGCACAUUCCUCAUUCGACAUGGAUCCCAGCGGCGGCGUGGGAGCCUGGACGGAUUCGCGGCCCAACUCGCGGGCCUCGGUGGCCACACCGGUCAGCACACCGCGUCCGCCCUCCGGACACGGCUUCAGUCCGGCCGUGUGCGCCUCCCCGGCCACGCCCUACCAGCUCUCCUCGCACUCCGCCGCCAGCCUGCCGUCGCCCCAGUCGAAUGCCAGCGCCGGCGGUGGCAACUACGGCUUCAACUUCCAAUCCUUUGAGGCGGGCGAUGUGAAGCCGGAGAAGGAUGUCCAACAACAACAACAGCAGCAGCAACAACAACAGCAGAUGCAGCAGGGCAACAACAACGGUAGCGGCAACAGCAACAACACCUUGAUGGGUGGUGGGCUGCCAAAUGGAGUGGGUGGCUUGUUGAUGUCGCAGCAACAACAACAACAGCAGCAGACGCCACCCCAGCAGCAGCAACAGGAGUCCUCGGAGCGGUUGCGCCACCUGCUGACCAAGUCACAAAGCAUGGGCGGACUCGGAGGACUGAGCGACGACGAGAAGUACUUCAAGCCGGAGGGCAGUGAUGAUGAGAAGCUGGGCGGCGGAAGCUUCAAGAUGGGCGGCCAGUCGGGCGGAAUGGGCAUGUUCGGGCCGAUGGGCUCAAUGGGACGCGGUGGACCGAACUCCUCCCUGCUCCACAAGGCCGGCAACUCCCAGAACCCUAUGCUGCUCAAGCUGCUGAACGAAAAGACGGAGGACGAAGAUGGCAACGGAUCUGGUGGCGGUCCUGGCUCCAUGAACAACUCCCGGCAGAGCGAACUGAUGCGCCAGCUGAAGAACCCUGAUGGCGGCAGUCACGGGAUGCACAGACCCAAUGCCAGCGGGAACAUGAGCAACGAGGAUCUUAAGGCCAUGCUGAAGAUCCAGAGCGAUCCGCUGAGCCGCAAAAGAUCGCUCAACGAGCCCGACGACGACAUCUCGGCCAAGCGGUCGGAGGACAAGCCGAGCAAGCUCUGCACCCAAAACAAAAUGCUGGCCAAGUUGCUGCAGAAUCCGCCAAAGUUACCCAAAGCCCCCCCUCCCGAGCAGCCGCUGCAGGUGAAGACGCUGCCGGACAUAACCAGCUCCACGGUGAGCAGUACGCUGGCCGCUCCCGGCAACCUGAUCAGUGCCGGCAGUACUGGACCCAAGGCGGCCGCCAAUCGCAACCGCAAGCAGCAACAGCAACAACAACAACAGCAGCAACAGCAACACAAUGCCAGCAAUCCUGCACAGCAGCAGCAGCAGCCAAACGAUGUCUACCUCAGCCAGCAACAGCAGCAGCUCCAGCCGCCGCAGCUGGCCUUCCAACAGCAGCAGCAGCAGCUGGCGACCACAGCAACUACCUCAAUUACCACAGCGGCCUCCACUUCAUCGGCUGCGGCGGCUGCAGCGGCGGCAGCAGCGGUCUUUCCGGGCGACGGCGACUCGGAGUUGUCCAAGCUGUUGGACAGCGUCAUGGACUAUUAUACGGAUGACACGCCCAUCGUGACCAAUGCACCCUCGGCUGCCUCGGCCAUCAGCGACAUCCAGAAGUCGCUAAUGGAUGUGGAGUCGGCUGCCUUUGGCAACGAUCCGAACCAGCACCUCAUGAUGACCCAGCAGCAGCAACAGCAGCAACAACAACAGCAGCAGCUGCUGGCCAUGCAGGUUGCCCAGCAACAGCAGCAGCGGCAGCAGCAGCAGCAGCAGCAUCUCCAGCAACCGCCCGCCUAUCCGGGCAUGAUGGGCAUGCACCAGCAGCAGCAGCAGCAACAACAGAACCAGCAGCACAUCAUGCAGCGCCUGGAGGCGAUGCGCAACCAGGGCUUCCAGCGACCGCCACCGAUGUAUCCGGCACGUGGCCGCGGGCCCAUGAAUGCGGUGGCCACUCCGGGCGGGGUAGUGCUUCCCGCCCAGCAGCAGUUGCGCAACAUGCGGCAGCAGCAGCAGCUGGCGGCAGCCCAGCAGAAGGAGCGUCUGCUGCAGCAGCAACAGAAGCAGCAGCUACUCGUCCCAGAGAAUGCCACUGGGAUCAAUGCGGGCCUCAACAACAUCAACUCGCUGAUGAACACGACGGUGGCCCCGAACGUGACCCUGUCGCGCACCAACCUGCCCUCGGACGCCCAGCUCAGCCCGAACUUUGCUCAGGCGCUGAUACAGCAGCAGCUCAGUCCUGGCCUCAGCACACCCUACAGUCCGCAGCCCAAUCAAGGCUAUGCCCCUCAGUUCCCGCAGCCCGGUCAGCGUCUUUCGCCGCAGCAGCAGCAGCAGCUCAACCAACAACAGCAACAGCAGCAGCAGCAGAACAACGCCCAGCAGCAGCAGAUGGCCUACCAGCAACAGCAGCAACAGGUGGGUGACGGUGGACGCUCCAACACGCCGUUCGGAUCCAACUCAGGGAUGCAGUCCCCGGGAAUGCAGAACAGUCCCCAGCAGUGGGGCGGCGGCGGUGGAGGAGGCGGUGGCGGUGGACCAGGUGGCCCGUUGCCGGCCGGCAAUGCGGGCAGGACGUUGCAGCAGCACAACCCCAUGCUUAUAGCCCAACUGCAGGGCGUGAGUCCGUAUAAUGCGCGUCAAUACCAACAGAACCAGAGACGCGGCCUGAACUCACCGGGAGCUGUCGGACCAGGUGGUAAUCCAGCGGCAGCGGCAGCGGCGGCACUGCAGCGCCAGAACUCGUUCCAGGGUCAGGGCGGUGGCGGGUCCACGACGCCCGACGGCUCGGGUGUGGGCUUCGGUGGACCGCAGUCGCCCUACGGCGGCAACGUCAACGUGUUCCAGCAGCAGCAGUUGCAGCGACUGCAACGCCAGGGCAGCGUCCCGCAGGCCACGCAACACCUGCCAGGCUCGCCACGCUUUGGCUCCUCACCAGUUGGCAACAACAAUCCCGAUAGCUCAGCCGCCGCCGGCAACCAGCAGCAGCAGCAACAACAGCAACAGCAGCAACAACAACAGCAACAACAUCAGCAGCAGCAACAGUUGAUGAACGGGCUGAGCAUGUCGCCACAUCCGCAUCCCCAUCCGGCGAUGAUGGGCGUGGGCGGUAUGGGCAGUGGCGGCGGCAAUGGCAUCAUUGGCCUGGGCGGCGGCGGGGGCGCCAAUUACGGCAAUCCCCUGGGCGGCUACGGGCAGUCGCAGCAGCAGCCAAAUGAUUUCUAUGGUCGGGCGCAGACCGCUGGAAAUGGCGGUGGCGGCGGCGUAGCCGGUGGUUCGGAUUUCGUCAAGCAGGAGCUCCGGGCGGUGGUCAGCGUGAGGAAGGCGGCAGCCGCUGGAGGCGCCAACGCCGGUGGGAAUGUGGCGCAGCGCGGCCAGACGCCCCAGAGUCCACUGCAGCAGGGACCAGUGAGUGGAGGAGGUGGCGGAGGAGUUGUGGGCGGGGCCAAUAGUACAAACGCCAUGGGCAAUGUAACGCCCACGGGCAGCGGCAAUGUCAGUAACAACUCCAUGCUCAACACACCGCCAGAUCCAACAAUAGGCUUUAGCUUCGAGACGCCGGACUUCUUCACCAGCAGUGCUACGAGGUGACCCUAAGGUGGGUAGGCCUAGGACCCAAGGAUCAGGAACAACCAAAACUCUACUUGCGCACGCAUUUAUGGCUCUAGAUAUCGCAGGAUAAUAGGAAAUCGUAGGACGAAAAGCCGAAGCAUGUAUAUCUAAUUUAAAAUAUUAGCAGCACUAUUACAACCACAAGAAAAACAAAACAAAUAAAAAAUAUAUAUAUAUUUAUUUUAUAAUACUAGCAAAUAUUAAUUGUAAAGAAAAAUGGGAACCUCGUCUGAAAGAAAUUGCAAAAAAAAACCAUUUAAUUACCAGACAUACGCUAUAGUUAAAUAUUUUCAAAAACCGAUAAAGCUGAAGAAAAAAAAAAGGAUAAAAGAAAUGCAUAUUUAUUACGUUUAAAUAUAAAGCCUAAUUCUAAGAGCUAUAUAUACAAAAAAAACAAGAAGAAAAAACAUAAAUAAUUAUGUGGUUAAGUGAUGAGUGUUUCGAGGUGUUGUUGAAUUGAUGAUAUAUAUAUAUGUAUAUUUAAAAAAAAGAAUAACAUAAUACAAUUUGUAAACCAUUGCAGAGGCGUUGACAAACGGCUGCAAUUUGCUAGGCUUUAGAUAUAAUGACAAGCGAUUAAAUAUUGUAUACAUAUUUGAAUGCGAGACAUGAAACAUGUAACACACAAAAACACACAUGUAUAUUUAAAAUUAGUGUUGAAUUUGUUUUCAGUGUGAUAAUUUGUUAAAUUUUAUAUACUAAAUGUUGCUAAUUUGUUGCUGCAAAGGCACGAGGACCUCGACCCCAAAGGCUUUGCUUUAUCUUGGAACAUUUCUUGUUUGUUUAUUUCACAAUUUUUACCAAAACAGACACUAAACAAAAUAAUCCCCCCCCCCCUAUAAUUGUACAUAUUUUUCACUAUAUCAUUUCGCUAAGUUGCGCCCGUCUUAAAAUGUAAUUCAUAAUUUAGUUAAUGCUCGUUUAAAUAUAUACUGUAAUUAAUCUUAAAUACAUUUAUAUCAAAGCGAGAAAGCAAAGCGCGCAAAGCAAAGUCGUUGGCGUUGCAAUUUCAUGUGAAGGCUAUUUUACAGGUUUUGUUUAAACUAAUUUGUAAUCUUAUCCAUUUUAUAUUAACUAUUAUAUAUAUACUAAAUCUAAUACAUCCGAUAAUAUGUAUGUAUAAUUGCUAAAGCAAAGCAAAACGUUUCACGUUUUAUAUUAUGUAAUUUUUUAUUGAUUUUUGAUUUUGUUUAAAUCUUUUAAGUCUAUUAAGUUGGGUUCAAUCGUUAUAAAUAUAUUAUUUUAAAGAGGAAACAAUACAAAUGCUAUACAAAUAUUAUUGAAAUAAAUUUAGUUUCUAUUUUUAUGAAAAUACUGUUUAAACCGCAAAGCCCUAAAUAAAAAUUUACAUACAAUAUA